CUUGUAGCUUGUGUUGUUCUGAUUGUAAAUACUGUUGUUAUAAAUCCACUCGGUUCAUUAAAAAAUGCCCUUGUUUGAGGUUUUGGGGAGCGGAGGAGAGAAAACAGCUGUUGUUAUUGAUUUAGGAGCUGCAUAUACAAAAUGUGGCUUUGCUGGUGAGAAUGGGCCUAGGUUUAUUAUUCCUAGUGAAAUCCAGCGUCCUGGACUUCAGCAGCCUAUUAAGGUGGUACAGUACAACAUAAACACAGAGGAGCUGUACACCAACCUGAAAGAGUUCAUUCACACAUUGUACUUUAGGCAUCUGCUUGUGAAUCCACGUGACAGAAGAGUGGUUAUCAUCGAGUCUAUCCUCUGCCCUUCACACUUCAGAGAAACACUAUCACGGGUCUUUUUUAAACACUUUGAGGUGCCAUCGGUACUGUUUGCUCCCAGCCAUCUAAUGUCCAUCAUGACUUUAGGUGUCAACUCUGCUCUUGUGAUGGACUGUGGAUAUACAGAAACGUUGGUGUUGCCUGUUUAUGAAGGAAUUCCCAUUCUGUCUGCAUGGGAGGCCUUGCCAAUGGGUGGGAAAGCCAUUCACGUGGAGUUGGCAAGUCUGCUGACAGAACAGUGCACAGUGGAUACAGACUUAAGCACAGGCCAAAGUUUACCAGCCAUCUUGGGCACCAUACCAGAAGAAGUUGUAGAGGAUGUUAAAGUUAGGACAUGCUUUGUCAGUGAUUUGCAGAGGGGCCUGAAAAUCCAGGAGGCCAAGUUCAACAUGGAUGGAACUGCAGAGAGACCUGCUCCUCCACCAGAUGCUGAUUAUCCCUUAGAUGGAAGGAAGAUCCUUCACAUUAAGGGAUCUAUCAGAGACUCGGUUGCUGAGAUUUUGUUUGAACAGGAUAAUGAAGAAAAAUCUGUUGCCUCACUAGUGCUCGACACUCUUGUUAAGUGCCCCAUUGACACACGUAAGGUUCUGUCUGAGAACUUGAUGGUAAUUGGAGGAACAGCCAUGCUGCCUGGCUUCCUUCAUCGACUCUUGGCUGAAAUCCGCUUAAUGGCAGAAAAACCCAAAUACCGUGACGCUCUCGCCACCAAGAGCUUUCGCAUUCACAGUCCACCAGCCAAACCAAACUGCACUGCCUGGCUCGGAGGGGCUAUAUUCGGAGCAUUGCAGGACAUCCUGGGUAGUCGGUCUGUGUCCAGAGACUACUACAGUCAGACAGGCCGCAUUCCUGACUGGUGUAAUCUCAGUAGUCCUCCAUUGGAGUCACUGUAUGACAUUGGAAAAACAGGCCCACCACUCAUGAAGAGAGCAUUCUCCACAGAAAAAUAAUCCACUCAUCAUGACAUGUGACAUAAAGCCUCACAUCAUCAAAAACCUAUUACCCAAACUUAAUGUUUAUUAAAAGCAAUUAUGUAUUCUGCUUGUCUGUGAUUUUGUGUGUAGCUGUUCACAAAAAGAUGACCACUAGGUGGCAGUCUCUAUUGCAACAAUUCACUUAAAGGCAGAUGUAUUAAUACUGUAUUUUCCAAAUGUCUUUUGUAAGCUUAAGAGGUUUGAGCUAAUUAAAAAUAUAAAUACCUGAAAAAACUAAACACUCUUUGAGCUGUUUUGAGCUUUCUAACUUACCACUUUGGUGGAGAAAAUUCCACUGCUUAUUGCAUAGGUUAUUGCAAUAAUUGAAACAUUAUAAAAAAUGUUUGGGCUGUUUUUUUUUUCUUGUCUCCCAUUCUGUACAUUUAUAUUUGUGUUGUAUUUUCAAUGCUUUUAAAAAGAACCUUACUUGUAUUUAAUUUAUUUACACAUUGAUGCUGAGAAUUCUGUUAAAAUACAUGGAGUCUUAUGUGUACUAAAUAAAUGUUAUAAAAUUAA